GAGCGAGAUCGCCGCCGCCGCUGUCGUCGUCACCGCCGCCCGCCGUCGCCGUCGCAUUCGCGGAGCAGCACGCCAGCAUCGGUCGACGGGCGGAGACGCCGUGGAGCGCGCGCGAACGCUCGCGGGCGAUGUCGUGACGCGGUGACCAGCGGUGACAGCGACUCGCGCUUCUCGUGUCUUCUACCGUGUCUCCGUCGAGACAGAGAGAGAGAGAGAGAGGAGGGGGAGAGAGAGGGGGAAAUAGAGAGAAGGUGGGAGAGAGACGUCGCCGCGGUUGUCUUUCUCCUCGCUACGUCCCGCGCUUCGAUUCCUCGUCGUCGUCGUCGCCGUCGUCGAAUAAUCCCGAAGGAAGAAAAGGAGGAAGGGCGAGAGCGUCGCGCUCGCGAGAAUUGAUCGUGCGCAUACGUGCGCGAGCGAGCGAGUGCGAGCGAGCGAGCGAGCGAGCGAGCUUAACCUGCCUACCUGGCCGUUGCCGCGAACGCGAGCGGCGCGCCACGAAAACUCGCUGGUGCAUGAAUAGUACAUGAGUCGACUGGACGGUGCCGAUCCGCGGGGUCGCUCAUGGAGGAUAGCCGAGUGUGACGGUAGCUGGCGACGUGCGGGACUCCACAAGGUGGCACGGGGAUAACGUCAAGGUUACCGCCAGCCCAACCAGAGAUUCUUCCACUGAUGGCCACGUCGGCACAUCUCUAGCGACACUGUUUCAUCACAAUCAGACAUAAUGCUGGUCACAUAGCGUAUACCGGGCUACAAACCACACUCUUGGACGCAAAUCUCCCGAAAGACCUAUGCGCUGCGCGGCAUAGGAAAUUCAACUAGGAUACUUAGGAUAUUUAAUGUCAAGUGCACACUUGGGCGUCACUUUUCAACUCAACACUUGCUUCCGCAUUCGAGUAGUACUGCAUCCCCCGCGGCGAGAACAAGACCUCCAUUGAUCAACUCCUCCAUCCAUUGAAGAUGACCAGCAGACUCGAGGAGACAGAGCAGAAAUGGACUUGCGAGUACUGCACCUAUGAGAAUUGGCCCUCCUCUCUAAAAUGCACCAUGUGCAGGGGCGCCAAGCCUCUCCUGGGCGAGGACAUCUAUCGUCUUCGGGACCCCAGCCCUCAAAGAGGUUCCUCCAACGUCGCUUCCGGCCCCGUCUCCCAGAUAAGCCCCACGGACAACUUUACCUCGCAAAAUUACAGCCAGAAUCUGCCUUCGGCGGGGAAGUGGGCCUGCAGUAUGUGCACUUAUCUUAAUUAUCAGAAUACAACGCGGUGCGUACAGUGCAGCAACCGGAAGCCGGUCAAUCAGUCUGUCAAUUCAUUAGCAUCGAAUCUACAUGAACAUUUAGCGCCGCUGCGACUAGCCGAUGGACCACCCAACUCGGGAUCAAAUUCCCAACUGAAUCCCUCGCCAAUUAAUCUCCAUCCGGAAAGAUUGUACAAUAUGCACCCAGAGAAAUGGUCCUGUCACGUGUGUACUUACGAGAACUGGCCCAAGGCGACCAAAUGCGUCAUGUGCGGCCACCUGAAGGAGAAGGAUAGAAGGGACAAGGGUACGCAGGGAAACGUAGGGGUGAUUUUACCGAGUCCCGAGAGGGAACACAGUCAGCGGGGUUUGCCAUCGCCCCCACACGCACCUUAUAUUCAUCAGACGCAGAGAGAGGAUAAUUUAGCGAUAGGAAGGAGAGGUCCACAUAGAUAUACGGAGAGCCGUAACGAUAGUUUGUCAACUCCUCAAUCUCCAAAUAACUGUGAUUACGAGCGUCGAUUGAAGCAGUUGAGACGCCACACCGAUUGGUGCUGGCUCAACGCUUGUCUCGGUAUUGUCGAAGGUGACAACACUCCUGUUGAAGCUUACCUGGCGAGCGGCGGCGAUCCUGCCCGCCAAUUGACGCAUUCUGAGGUCUUGCUCCUCAAUAGAAGCAGCGCGUUUGACGUUGGGCACACUUUGGUGCACUUGGCUAUUAGGUUUCAAAGGGAAGAUAUCUUAGCAACGUUACUAUCUCAAAUUGAAGGUUCGGGCUCGGGAGUGAAAAGGGUACCGAGUUACGUCGCACCUGAUCUCGCGGUACAGAUUCGCCGACAUGUCACCAAUAGUAUACGCUUACGCAAGGGCUCGUUUCCCUGUUAUUUUGUUACCGACAUGGCCACCUUUGCGUUGCCAGCCGAGGUUGAGGAUCUGCCGAGCAUUGUACAAGAGCAGAUGCUAGAGGAAUUGUUAGAUAAGGAAGCUCAACAGCAAUUGGAAGGCGGUGGUGGCGAACCGCCAGCUCUAAAUUGGUCUUUAGAAAUUACUGAACGAUUAGGUAGUCGUUUACACGCACUCUGGAACCGCUCGGCCGGUGAUUGUCUUCUGGAUUCUGCUAUGCAGGCCACUUGGGGUGUUUUCGAUAGGGACAAUGCUCUCAGGAGAGCGCUCGCUGACACCCUACAACAAGCGGGGCAAUUCUUUUAUCCUCGUUGGAGAGAGUAUGAAGCCUCGCAAGCAUCUAGGAUGUUAGAUUUCACUUUAGAAGAGACGCAGUGGCAAGAAGAUUGGGAAAGCUUGCUGGCAACGGCUGCUCAACCCGGAAGCGCGUUAGAACAAUUACAUGUGUUUGCCCUUGCCCACAUUUUAAGACGACCUAUUAUAGUCUAUGGAGUUAAAUACGUUAAAAGUUUCCGCGGUGAAGACAUAGGAUAUGCGAGAUUUGAGGGCGUCUAUCUACCACUAUUAUGGGAACCUUCAUUUUGCAUCCGUUCGCCAAUCGCAUUGGGCUAUACCCGUGGCCAUUUCACGGCACUGGUUCCAAUCGAGCCGUACGCUUCGUCCAGAAUACCGCCCCUCGCAACCCACGGGGUAGUGAGUGGAAACAACAGUCCACUCGAGCAGCUACAAAUCCAGAUGCAGACCACCUUUAUGCCACUAAUGGAUCGUGAGCAUAAGCUCCUGCCAAUACACUUUCUCACGACGGAUGAGAUCGGUCGCGAGGAGUCCAUCUAUAAAGAGUGGUUAGACGUAUGCAGAACCGAGGGUGGAAUUCUAGUAGCACAGCAGAAACUCCACAAAAGACCGCUGCUCGUUGCGCAGAUGUUGGAAGAGUGGUUGAACCAUUAUCGUAGAUUGGCUCAAACCAACGAGGCACCCUUCUCGAGACCACCCACAUUGCAGGAUUAUAGUAGCGACGGUGAUACCGAAGAUGAGUAAUGCAGUAAUUUUAAGAGAGAAGUGUUGCGACUGACAUGAGAAGCAUCUCCAUUUCACAAGUUGAUUCUCGACCGAAAAUUAUAUAAUGGUUAGUAUUAUAAAACGAAAUACGUGAACGCCGUACUUUUAUGAAUAACUCGAUACAGAGAAACUACUACGUCCAUACACUGGCAAUGUAUGAUUAGAGAAAUUGAAAAUACUGUCACAUUGCUAUGGAUCAUUUUGCAAGCAAACAUUGUAAGGUUUGAAAUAGGAUUUACAAAUUGUGUAUCAAACUACAUAGUGCUACUUCAAUUAUUGAGUUAUUAUCAUUGUACAAAUCCUAUAAUUAAAUUGCCUAUACAUUUUCACAAGUGUUCAGUUAUGACAUAGCGAAACAAUGCUAGUUUGUUGCAAAAAUCUUUUCUUGCAGAAAAAAUUAUUUUAUUGUGAUAAAACAUGGAAAGAAAAUAGGAAUUUAAUUUAUGGAUAUGGAAAAGGGAAUGUUGGAUAUAUUAUAUAUAUAUAUAUAUAUAUAAGUAUGGAAAUGUUUAAACAAUACGUAUAAGUGUUAUACAAUUCAUUGCCAGUGACGGUGAGCGAAAGUGGGGAAACAUUGUCGUUUGUUACACAUUGUCGAAUCGUUUUGCAUAAUAAUAGAAAUUUAAUUGUUAGGCUAUUGAAAAUAACAUUUUUUCACAGAUAGUUUGUAAAAAUAUAGUCUCGGAGGGGGAAAAGAAUAAAAAACUUUUUCUCUCGCAAUUUAUUGCGGAAUUGUGCGGAAACGUUCGGAGCGUUCGUUUGUCGCGUUCCAUAAUGGCAAACAAAACAAGUGUGAUUUAAUGGCAGACUUUUUAGUUGAUUUUUCUUUUCUAAAAAGGAAGAAAACUUACAUCUUAAUAACCUUUUUGAAUAAUGACUUUCAAGAUAUAAUCACUUAAAAAUUAAUUUAAAUAUUGAUCGUCGAUUGCAAGUUUCUUAUCCUCAAUUUUAUUUAACUAAUACAGUUAAACUUUGAACUAAAAAUAAGGAAAUUUUGAAUUAAAAUUUGGUGUAAAAGAUUGUUUUUAUUUUUGGAGAGUUAAUGCUCUUUUUCAGGAAAAAUAUUUAAGUAUAAAUUUUUACUUGAAUGUAUUUAAAAUAAAUUAGAAAUAACUUUUUGUUGGCUAUAAAAUCUGUCAUUAAAGAUACAGAACAUCUUAUCUAAUGACAUGUUCCGACAUUCCCGAGACGCAAUCCUUCAAGAUAGUAAUAUAGAAAAAUCAACAAAUUCCGUGUAUAAUCGUCUUUAAGUCGUUUCACUUGUUAUUACUUAGAGCUGCGUUAAGGAAAUCAAGCAGCAGAACACAAACGAACAACGAUUUGUCCCUUUUUAAUGAUUGAAAUCGCGCGGAUCUAGAGCGUUUAUCUCCAAUGGUAUGUUAAUAGGAAAAAAAAUAUAGCUAACGGACUUGUGAAAAACUGUGCUUUUUGCUCUGUAAAGAAAAAAAAGGUUUAAUUUUUAUGCGAGGGGUGUAAUAUAUUAUUAUCUAGUAAUAAUAAUAUAUUAAAUUUUCCGCGUAAGUGUGGUUCACAAUCGUGUUGAAUAUUAUAUAUAACACUAUACAAACUUUUAUAAAAAAUGAUGAGGAAGGAAUUAAAGAGAUGAGUAGCACAUACGUUUAAGCGUUAGGAUUAUUAUCGAACAGCCGAUACACACACACGCACUCACACAUCUAACGACGCAUUCUAGCGAGAGAACAAGCGAUUGUAACAAAUCUUUAAUCAAAAAAGUACAAAAAUCGCUAGAAACGUUUCUUCGGAAAUACUUCUUCGUUUUUUCGACGUAAUAAUAAUAGUCUUCGUUUCUUACUAUUUAAUUUCUAUAACAACAAUGUAGCGUCUAGUCCUUUUGCAUAUAGCACCACAUCGCGUUUUUCUUUCUUUCUUAAUUAUCAAUUAAUGCGCGGUUGGAAGUCAUGUGAUGAAAAUAAAUGAAAAAGGCUGGAAAGGAUCAAAAUCAGAUCAAGAAACCGGUGUAAUUCUGUCGGAUUUCGAUUUAUCAAUUUUCGAAAUAGAUUUCGGAAUUGAAGAAAAAUAAAGCUCUUUAUGAAAUAAUAUAAAAUGUAACAUUUUGAACAUGAUGUGAUAUGAAAAAGGUUGUAUUAUUAUUAUUAA